GCCGCUAAUGCUCAGCUGUCGCUAAAUCUCAGCUCGCAGCAGACUGGAAGCUAAUGCAGAGAACCAAUAGUCACGGUUCCAUUCAAUACAUGUCCUGCCACUGCCCUUGCCUGCCAUCGACCCCCGUUGAGUCUUCCUCCGCUCUCGCUUUUGUGUUUGCGAACCUGCCUCUCUUCUCAGACCGCUGCUGCUCCCAUUGAGUCGAGACAAAAUGUCGGCAUUGACUUGGUCCUCCAAACUGCACGCAGAACUGCGCCCUAGUCUCAGAACAACAUGGCCGCCACUGGUGCUGUCGUCGAGUCGUGGAUGUACUUCCUGAAGAAGGAUCCCAAGUACGACGUUGAGCGCAUCUAUGAACUCAGACGACAGAAGCCGACGGCCGAAGUGCCGCGGACAAACAUGCUGCUCGAGAAGGUCGAGGGCGUCCAGAUCCACGAUGUCCGCGGCCAGGAGUGCUCCUUCGGCACUACCGGCUUCUUCCUCCUCGACAUGGACACUAAACUCGCCGCGAAGGACUUCAACGAGCGAAACAAGGUCGUGGGCACGUUUCUGCCCCAGCUCGCUGAUGCUAUCAAGGCCAAGCUCAAUGCCAGUCGGGUGCAGAUCUUCGACUACAGUCUGCGCAAACGAGACCAGGCCUUUCCCGUCAGCAGUGGCGGCCCCUACAACUACAGGCAACCAUCGUGCCUUGCCCAUAUUGACGCAACGCCGGGCGACAUAGCGCGGCUCAGGCACGUUCUGAACAAGGCCGAUGCUGAAAAGGUUUCCAACGUCCGCUGCCAGUUUGUCAAUGCCUGGAAACCACUGAGGGGACCGGCGCGCGACUGGCCGCUGGCCCUGUGCGAUCUCCGGUCUGUGGACCCCGAGACGGACCUGAAGAUAUGCGACCUCGUUGCGCCCGAGGGCGUGUCCGAGACGGCCUCGGUCCACCACGCGCCAACGCAGCGCUGGUGCUACGUCCGAGACCAGAUGCCGACAGAGACGUGGGUGUUCAUGCAGGCCGACUCGAACGGCACGACAGGCGUCCCGCACGCUUCGUUUCCGCAUCCUGACGCGAGCGAGGCCGACCAUUUGCGAGAGAGCAUUGAAGUGAGAAUGCUGGUCUUUUACGAGGAGAGAAACGAGCCAAGAUCGGGUUAAUGGUAGGGUUGUGGUUUUCUCGUCAAACGGCUGACAUACUUUAUCUCGCGUACCGCCUUUGUUUGAAGAGACUCGAUAAGAACUUGUCCAGGUAGUUAUUUCGCCUGUUUGUUUUUCACGUCUCAGGACUCAGGCUCUCAAUACUCACUUCGUCUGCGGCUGUGUAAAUUCUUUACGACGGCGGUCAAGUAGCUGCACGAAUCAAGAGAGUAAGACAGACAAACAUCACUAAGCAAAUUCGAAAACCAGAGCAAGUGUUGAGAACCUCAAGGUCAGAAAAGAAUGCAGAGCUCAAUUUAGUGAAGCGGUACUUUGUCCUACCUCGACGUCUAUCUGUCCUCGGGCGAGCAGAAGAAGUAUCUAACCCGCGGCCCAGCUACCUACACAAGCUAACAUGCCUACCACCAAGCCAGAACAUGUCAUCCGUUCACGCAUCCCCCCCAAAGCCCCCCCUUACCACCGCCUCACAACCAGUUCACUCGCCUCGAACCCCC